GACCUUUGUGUUGCCAUAGUUCACUUCCGCUUCAUCUUGCUGUUACACGACAAAGUAAGUUUUACAGACCCUGGCCAACACAAAGCCUGGUUGUGUGUAUUUAAGAUAAAACUCUCUAUAUGGACUCCGUGAAGUCAGAAAACAUAAACGCUAAAAUAGUAAUCGUAGGAAGCGGAAUAGCAGGAAUAUCAGCGGCUGUGGAGCUCACAGCUGCAGGUUUUACAAAUGUGCAGAUUCUUGAAGCGACAGGGAGAAGCGGAGGAAGGAUCAAGACCGGUAGACUGGGCGAUAAUGUUGUGGAGAUAGGAGCCAACUGGAUCCAUGGCCCAAGUGAAGAGAACCCAGUGUUCUGUCUGGCUCGUCGGUAUGGCCUGCUGGACCCAGAAGCACUCACACCCGAAAACCAGGCCAUGGAGGUUGGAGGACACCCCCCAUGGGUUCCCAACUUCUUCACCAGCACAGGCCGCAAGCUGGAUGCAGAAUGUAUACUUCCUCUUCAGAUGACAUGUCUUGAAAUCCUUGAGGAAAGUUCAUCGUUUGAGGGCAAAGAAGAGCCUUUUCCCAGUGUAGGGGAAUUCAUUUGCUCAAAGGCCUUAGAGAAGUGGGCAGAUGCAGACAAAGCCACCAGAUCCUUAGGUUUUUCUGUAGUCAGUAACUUGCUGAAGGGUGAAUGCUGUGUCAAUGGCACUCACAGUCUGGAUGAAGUAGGUCUUGGAGCAUUUAGCCUCUACAAAACUCUACCAGGACUCGACUGCACAUUUCCAAAAGGUUAUGAAGGCUUGAUACAGAACCUGCUAUCGGAGCUCCCUUCAGAUACAGUGAAAUACAAUUGUCCCGUUCGUUGCAUUGAGUGGAACAACACAGAGACGGAAAGCCCUGUGAUAGUCGAGUGUGAAGAUGGAGACAGGAUGACAGCAGACCAUGUUAUUGUCACAGUCUCCCUGGGAUACCUCAAGAAACACCAUUCAACAUUGUUUCGACCUCCUCUUCCUCUUCACAAACUGCACUCAAUUCAGAGACAAGGUUUUGGCACAAACAAUAAAAUAUUUGUGGAAUUUGACUCAGCCUGGUGGGAUGCUGACUGCGAGGUCAUGCAUUUCUUGUGGGAAGAUGAAAAUUCCUUAGUGGAUAAAACAUUGGACCUGCAGUCUUCGUGGAUAAAGAAGUUAUUUGGCUUCACUGUUUUGAAACCCACUGAGAGAUAUGGUCAUCUUCUUUGUGGCUGGAUUGCUGGCCAUGAAUCAGAGUAUAUGGAAACCCUUUCUGAUCAAGAGGUGACACAAGCUGUAACUCAACUUAUAAGAAGAUUCACAGGUAACCCCAUCCUCACACCAAAGAGGGUUCUGCGCUCUCAGUGGUUCCAUAAUCCAUGGACUUGUGGAUCGUACAGUUUCCCAGGAACAGGCUGCUCAUCUCAAGACCUCAAAAAUCUGGCGGAACCUCUUCCAACAACUGGACCACAGCCACUGCAGGUGCUGUUUGCUGGUGAGGCUACUCAUCCUUGUUUCUACUCUACGGUGCAUGGGGCUCUGCUGACGGGACAGAGAGAGGCAGACAGACUACUCUCUCACUACUCCAGCACUUCCACCAAUCAUGUUCUAUCAAAACUUUAGAUGAAGUCAUAACUAACUAUGCAACUUAUGAAGUAUGUACAAUGUUCACUUUAUGAAAAUAUGACUUACAUGAUGUACUUGAUAAAUAUGGAUCAUUAAGAUAAGGCCUUAUUCCAAAGAUCAGUGAUGUUUCAGAGAGCAGAUCUGGUUGACACUGGGAUUCUUGUUUUUAAAUGGGGGUAUUGAAAGUUCAAUUUUUAUUUUAUUUUUUAUUGAUAAUGUUAACACUCAACAGUUUAAUCCUUUAUUAUGAUGAUUCUUGCAGUGUCGAUUUUUUUUGUUUUAAUAAAAGGCAUACUGUUUGUAAAAAGUAGCUUUAAAAUCAUUUAUGCUUAACCCAUCUGAUAUAUAACAUAUAAAAUAAAUACAAGUGUAUUUCUUUAAAUGUU